UGGUUACGCCUAGAUCUAUAAGCUACCACGUGUACUUGUGAAGAUAUGAAGAGAAAGAGAAAGUCUGAAGAUGUCCAUGAGGUGAAACGCCUCAAAGAUGCUAAUGGUGAGUCUGUAAAGAGUAAAGGAGAAGAGGAAGAUGAAGGACCUCCUCCAGAGAGUGACUUUAAGAAGUAUCGUAUCAGUAAAGUAUCCAGGAAGACCCUUAAGUCACGUGGUAUAACCCACCUCUUCCCUAUACAAUACAAGACCUUUGAUCCUAUUUAUGAUAACAAGGAUGUAAUUGGACAAGCUCGUACUGGUACUGGUAAAACUCUAUCAUUUGUAUUACCAUUAAUUGAACGAUUAUUAAAAACAGGUUCUGUUGAUGUGUCUGCAAGAGGACGCUCUCCUUGUGUAUUAGUAAUGGCCCCCACUAGAGAACUGGCCAAUCAGGUCAAUGCCGAGUUUGAGUCUCUUUCCCAGUCCCUCUCUGUGUUCUGUAUAUACGGGGGAGUACCCUACUGGCCUCAAGGUUAGCUACCAUAAUAUGAGGAAAUUUUAUGUCACUAAAAUUA